GAAAGGAGCGAAAGAGAGAGGGAACAAAACAGAGAAGAAAGGAAUGCAUCUUUUCUUUUGGUGCAUCCACCACUGAGUGAUUCAGUUAAUCUAGUUGACGGUAUGGCCAGUGCAGUGCAGUAUGCAGUUGUGCUGCUGAGUCUAGCUGUGGCAGUGCUUGAGUGUGGAGGGAUUUCACAGAAAACCAGGUGCGUUUCCCAUGCACCAUGUUUUGACCUACUUCUUCUAGAGAAAACUGUCUGGCAAGUCAGUAAAGAUGUGCCAGCAGCAGACAGCGAGAACAUCUUACUGAAGAGCCAAACAUUUGACAAAAUCCGCAAACGGAAGGAUCUCCAUAGCUGCGUCCUACAAAAAAUCAUUGACUUCUACGUGAAUGUUCUCAGCUAUGCAUGGAACAACUCCAGUGACCACCACAUCAGCCAUGGUAUGAACUACCAUCUUGAGCUGAUCACAAUGAUGGACACACUGAGAAGCUGUGUUUAUAAGAUGAACGAGAUAUGUGAGAUGUUGUGUCAAAAGGCCGCUCAGCAACCUAACUUAGAGAUUUCAGAAGCAGAUAUGACUCCAGAGGAAGUGGCUAUACAUCAGCUACAAAAACUGAACUCUGCCAGCGACAGAUUGAACGACACGAGCAUCCAAGAAAGAGCCAUGGACGAACUGAAGUCUCUUCAUAACUAUAUUCCUGGGAGAGGCUUCCGCAAAACAAAUGGCUGAAUGAAGUCCUAGGGGGUAGC